CCCAGAGGCGACGGGAAAAAGCUCCGGGAUGAGGGAAAAAGUUGAAAAAUGAGGCGGAAAAAUCUCGGGCUGAGGGAAAAUGUUGGAAAAUGAGGCGGAAAAAGCAGCGGGGUGAGGGAAAAAGUUGAAAAAAUGACGCGGAAAAAGGCUCCGCCUCCGGCCCCGCCCCCCGCCCCUCCCCCACCCCCCAGGCCCCGCCCCCCGCCCCUCCCCGGGCCCCCCCUUCGGGCCCCGGAUUUGCGACGGCGACUUCGACGCGGUGGCGUCGCUGCGCGGGGAGAUCUUCGUCUUCAAGCCUUCACCUAUUUCGACCGCUCCCACCUCUACUGGAAAUUCGACAACUCCGCCCUCCGCGUCCUGCCCGGCUUCCCCAAAUCCGCGCUCCGCGAUUGGCUGGGCUGCCCCGCCCCGGCCCCGCCCCUCCGGACACCGAGGUCAUCGUCAUCGCUGUAGGGGCGGGGCCGGCGGCGUGGGCGGGGCCUAUGGCGCUGCUGGGCGUGGCCUUGUUCUGGCAGCGCCGGGGCGGGGCCCACGCCCACCUGAGGCGGUGCCAGCGGUCGCUGCUGCCCCGCGUGUAGCCACGCCCACUUUUGGGGUGGGGGCCACGCCCACUGUGCUAGGACACGCCCCUUUCAGUUAUCUGGACACACCCACUGUGCUAGGACACGCCCCCCUGAAUUACCUGGACACGCCCACUUUGCUUGGACACGCCCCUUGGAAUUACCUGGACACGCCCACUUUGCAAGGACACGCUCCCCUGAAUUACCUGGACACGCCCACUUCGCUAGGACAUGCCCACUUCGCUAGGACACGCCCCCCUUAAUUACCUGGACACGCCCACUUUGCAUGGACACACCUCGGACCCAAUCUCUGGCCACGCCCACUUUUAUGGGGAACACGCCCAUUUUGCAAGGACACGCCCCUCUGAAUUACCUGGACACGCCCACUUUGCAUGGACACGCCCACCUAACUCAUCUGGACACACCCCCGACCCAAUGUGGCCACGCCCACUUUUUGGGGGGCAAUUGGCAAUCCCACUUUGCAUGGACACGCCCCUCUGAAUUACCUGGACAUGCCCACUGUGCUAGGACACGCCCCUCUGAAUUACCUGGACACGCCCACUUUGCAUGGACACCCCCAAGUCACCCCAUGACUCUCGAGGCCACGCCCACUUUGUAUUGCCCCUCAUUGGACCGGCCUGGCCACGCCCUUUUCGAUGGACAUGCCCACCUCAGCUGUAUGGACACGCCCCUGACCCUGCUGACCACGCCCACUUUGCAUGGACAUGCCCCCAGACUCACCCAUUGACUCACCUGGCCACGCCCACUUUGCAUUGCCCCUCAUUAGCUUCACCUGGCCA